UCUCCUGCAGCACGGCCACUUCUGCUGCCCCUGGUGUCCCUUCUGCAAGAGUGGGAGCAGCUCAGCACGGUGUCCGGAGGAGUGGGGAUGGAUGGGAAAAGCAAAAUGCAGGCGGAGAAGCACCUCACAGGAACGUUGGUCCUCUCCGUCUUCACCGCGGUGCUGGGCUUCUUCCAGUACGGCUACAGCCUGGGUGUCAUCAACGCCCCGCAGAAGGUGAUAGAAGCGCACUACGGGCGCGUGCUGGGUGCCAUCCCCAUGGUGAGGCACACCAUCAACACCUCCACGGACAAUGAUGCUUCUAUCACCGUCACCAUCCCAGGCACAGAGGCAUGGGGCAGCUCCCAGGGGACGCUCCCACCCUCAGCUGGCUUUGAGGACCCCGCCGUGUCCCCUCACAUCCUCACCAUGUACUGGUCCCUCUCUGUCUCCAUGUUUGCUGUUGGAGGCAUGAUCUCCUCCUUCACCGUGGGCUGGAUCGGCGACCGGCUGGGGAGGGUGAAAGCCAUGCUGGUGGUCAAUGUCCUCUCCAUCGCUGGCAACCUCCUCAUGGGGCUGGCCAAGCUGGGGCCCUCACACAUCCUCAUCAUCGCUGGGCGGGCGAUCACUGGGCUGUACUGCGGGCUCUCCUCCGGCCUCGUGCCCAUGUAUGUGAGUGAGGUCUCUCCCACUGCCCUCCGAGGAGCACUGGGGACGCUGCACCAGCUGGCCAUCGUCACAGGCAUCCUCAUCAGCCAGGUCCUGGGUCUGGACUUUCUCCUUGGCAACGACGAGCUGUGGCCGCUGCUGCUCGGGCUCUCCGGGGUGGCUGCUCUGCUGCAGUUCUUCCUGCUGUUGCUGUGCCCCGAGAGCCCCCGCUAUCUCUACAUCAAGCUGGGGAAAGUGGAGGAGGCCAAAAAAAGUUUGAAAAGGCUCAGAGGAAACUGUGACCCGAUGAAAGAGAUUGCUGAGAUGGAGAAGGAAAAGCAAGAAGCUGCGAGUGAAAAGAGAGUGUCCAUCGGGCAGCUGUUCAGCUCCUCCAAGUACCGGCAGGCUGUGAUCGUGGCACUGAUGGUUCAGAUAUCGCAGCAGUUCUCAGGCAUCAACGCGAUCUUUUACUACUCUACAAACAUUUUCGAGAGAGCCGGUGUUGGCCAACCAGUUUAUGCAACCAUUGGCGUUGGAGUGGUGAACACAGUCUUCACAGUUAUCUCCGUCUUCCUGGUGGAGAAGGCAGGCAGGCGCUCGCUGUUCCUGGCUGGUCUGAUGGGCAUGUUGAUCAGCGCUGUGGCCAUGACGGUUGGACUUGCACUCCUGAGCCAGUUCGCCUGGAUGAGUUACGUCAGCAUGAUCGCCAUCUUCCUCUUCGUUAUAUUCUUUGAAGUUGGGCCUGGGCCCAUCCCCUGGUUCAUUGUAGCUGAGCUGUUCAGCCAAGGCCCGCGCCCCGCCGCCAUCGCCGUUGCCGGCUUCUGCAACUGGGCCUGCAACUUCAUCGUGGGGAUGUGCUUCCAGUACAUCGCGGAUCUGUGCGGACCGUAUGUGUUCGUUGUCUUCGCCGUCCUCCUUCUGGUCUUCUUCCUGUUUGCGUACCUCAAAGUACCCGAGACGAAGGGGAAGUCAUUUGAGGAGAUCGCAGCUGCAUUCCGCCGCAAGAAGCUCCCGGCCAAAUCCGUGACAGAGCUGGAAGACCUGCGUGGUGGCGAGGAGGCGUAGGGGCAUGGCCACACACACGAAGGAGGGAUGCAGAAGGAAACGUUAGGCAAAAGUCUCAUUUCACAAACACCUUGCAGGUGCCGGCACAGGAGGACACAUCAACUGCGGGACUUCACAGCGCUGCCUGCACCAUCCAGCCACAGGUGCCAAGUUGGCACUUUGCUCUGAAACUGUUGGCACAGCUGAGCUGCAGGAAGAGCCAAGGAAAGAAUGGGAGGAAUACCGUACAUGUGUGCCUCUGUGUCCCACUGCAUUGUGGCAGGAUGAUCUUACUAGCAGGCAAAGCAUUAAAUUUAACAGGGUCAUCACUCAGCUGGAACGAUGGAAAAAGGGGUUGGGUGAUGCUGAAGCCUCAUACCUUCAGCUCUUCUUCUCAUGCUUGCUGCCUCCUCCUGCUGAGUGAUCUGAAGCCUUGAGAAAAUACCUGCUAGUGCAGCUGUGUUAGCAGCACACCGCACAGAUCACAGAUCCACAAAAUGGUUUGGGUUGGAAGGGACCAUAACGUCCAUCCAGUCCCAUAGGCAGGGAUACCUCCCAUUAGAUCAGGUUCA